GUAAAAAUGUGUUUAAAGGUUCUGUUUUUGUUUGUGUUUGUUUUUAUAAGUUCAGUGUCGCCUCAGGGAUCAGGAUCGGGGACUGAUGGAAAAUUACGACUGUGCGUGGUGGAGGGCCGCGGCUCGUACAAGCGCGCGAGCAAGUACUGUCCCGUGCUCGACCAGUCAGAGUCGGGAGUCGAAUGUGUUAUAGGACAGGACAGAUUGGACUGCCUCCGUCGCAUGAGCAAGGGCGUGGUUGACUUCGGUGUAUUCAGCCCUGAGGAUCUCAUUGCCACACAAUGGGCUAACAUCAACGUGCUGGUGACAGAUGAAAUCAGGUUGAGGCCGCGAAAAUACGCAAGCAGCAUAGUAGCGGUCAUCCACAAAAGCCUGCUACCAGAACUAGACACAGUAUCCUCUGUGCACUCCAUCUUGAAAGGGUCCAGUAUGUGCCACAUCGGACUGGGUGCUGACGAGAAAAGGCCGCUGAGCGAGACUCUCACUGAGUAUCUGGAGUCACUGGUGACGAGGAAGUCAUGCAACGGCGACCUGUCAGUGGCCGAGAACCGUAUCAAAGCAAUGGCGGACAUGUUCGGCAAUUCCUGUCGCGCUGGACCCUGGGUGUUAGAAGCCAAGAGAGAUGCGGAACUCAAAGCUAAAUUCCCCUCACUCUGCGCGUCGUGCAACCGGCCGGGCAAGUGCGACCGCCACGACCGCUACUGGGGCCCGAGCGGAGCCCUAUCCUGUCUAGUCGAGGGCGCGGGCAACUUUACGUGGGCCGAAGCGGACUUUGUGGCUGGAUAUUUUGGUAGCAGAACCGGGUUCGCGAACCCGGGGGACUUCGCGUACCUCUGCCGCGACGGGUCCUGGCAGGAAAUCCACGACCACGAUGAGCCGUGUGUGUGGCUGCGAAGGCCGUGGCCACUACUCGUCGCUAAAACAAAAGCAGCGGAAGAAGUGAGCCGUCUCGCGGCCAAGCUCACGGGCGCAGGUGUGGUGGUGGGCGGGGGAUGGCGCGGCGCGCUGACAGCCUUACUCGAGGCUAAUGGCGCGCUGCCGGCGCCCCUGCGGCCGCCGAGCACGCCACUUGAUUAUCUGGCGGGUGCUGGAGGGUUCAGAGAGGCCUAUAGCCAGGCCGGAUGCACUCCGUCAAGACAUAUAGUAAUGUGCACCACAUCAAUCCUCGAGCAGAACAAAUGUGAAUGGCUGAGCGAAGCGGCUUCCGUAUACGGAGUGGAGCCCGCGGUCCAAUGCUUGAGGAAGGACGACCGAGCUGCCUGUAUGGCAGCUGUCAAGAAUGGGACCUGUGACGUCACGGUGGCUAGUGGGGACUGGCUCGUUAGAGCAGAGAGAGACAUGUCCCUCAUACCGAUACUCCACGAAACGACCCCCAUUAUCAACCAAAGCACAACAGUCGUGGCAUACGUCCGCGAGGACGCGAAAUUAUUCAAGAUGGCCGACUUGAAGGGAACGCGCGCCGCUUUCCCGCGCUUCGACGGCCUGGCUUGGCAUUCCGUACUACGGUACCUUGCGAACAUAGAAAAAAAUACUUGUAAAGACAUCUUGAAUGGAUUCUUUAAAAGUAUUUGUGCGCCGGGUGUAGAAGAAUAUGUAAAAGAUAGUAAGAAGGGGACAGAGGGGUGUGUUGUGGAGGAGGAGAAGGCGGUGGAGGGGGAGUGGGGGGCGCUGCGGUCGUUAGUGGAGGGGAAGAGUGACGUCGCGUUUUUGAGCAUGGCUACGUAUAACCAAUAUGUUGCCAAACAAAUCCCGGAACCGUGGGUAAAAGAGGUCAAAAUCAAACCCAUUUGCGCCGAAGACAACGACAAAUACUGCUUCAUAUCCUGGUCCAACAUCGGCCAUGUUUUCGCCAAAAACACCACGGCGAUGCGCCGCCAAGAAAUCAUCAACGUAAUGACGAAAUUAGACCAAUUAUUUGGCAAACAUAACCCGAACCAAGCGUCAGCAGUCAUGUUUUCGCUCUACGGGCCUUAUAAUCAUCAGAAUAAUAUCUUAUUCCACGACAACACUAAAGCUUUGGCAACGAGCGAUGUUUUGCGAACGCAUCCGUUCGAUAAAGUGCCGCUCAAUUUUGAACGCAGCUUAACGAACAUUGACAGCUGUCAUGUGUCAGAUUUGACAGGUGCCGCCGGUAGUGCUGUGCCGAAGAUGGUGUUGAUUGCGUCGAUGGUUAGUGUGUUGUUUUUGUAACUGAAUGAUGUGGAAUUGUGUUUAGAUUUAAGAUAGAAAUGUUUGACGAUG